UACUCCGUUUGACACUGGCAUUGGAAACAUCAAUUUCCUUCUUUACUUCCAGUUUUCCUUGCUCAAAAUUUUUGUUUUUUUCUCUGUUUAUUUAGCGAUGCUUUAGUUUCGUAAAAGCGGGUGCUACAUUGCAAUAAACUAAAAUGUACGCUAAUAUUUUUUGUUGCGUAACGGGCGUAAAUGGAUAAGGAAAAUGGCAUAUUCCAAUCCAGAAAUUCUUACUCCUAAACACUCCCAAGAUGACACCGUACCAUGCGAAGAAAAAAAGAAACCUGACUGGUUAUUAGCCAAGGAAGGAAUAAAUUUAAUUAUAAAUAAUAACCAUGCUGAAGCGGAAGCCUUAUUUUUGCAAUAUCCCAACAGCUUGGUUAUGUUUGCUGGAUAUUCAUUUGCUGUUUUUAUGGACGCUUUGAUGAGCUUUGAGGAGGAAAAACUUACAAAAGCAAUAUUAGUAUUAAGGGAAGUAGAGAAACGAUGUACUACUGAAAAUGGCUGGUUCAAAUCUAUUUCUCAAAAAGUUUUCGGUGGUUCUACGGACAAUACUCAAUCAAUAUCCGAUCAGAUGGAAACUCAAAUUAUAUUAGCUGAUUCCCAGGUAUGUCUAGCAAUACUAACGUUCUUACAACAAGAUAUAUCUGGCUAUUUCAAAGGAGGAUGGAUUCUGAGGAAAGCAUGGAAGGUAUAUCAGAAAACCUACAGGGAAAUACUGAGUUUAUAUCGAGAGAGAAUCGGAGAACUCCACUUACCUGAUCCUGUCUUAAGUCCCGUCGGUUCCAGGGCUUCGAGAACGGCUCAGAACUUCGAAAACGACACACCUAGUCCCGAAUGGUUGAUACCGGAAACCUCCACCAACGGGUACUCCCCCCAUUUUUCCUCAAUUUCCCAUUCCAAAUCCUUGAAUUUCGCCGGAGAGGUUCAAAAGACAGACAAGCGCCGAUCGCAAUAUUGUAUCAACAACAACACCAGUACCAAAAGUAAAAAAUCCGGCGGUUUAAGUUUGAAAAAGUCGCAUUCUGUUACCGAAGCCUUAAGCUCGAAGUUUAGUAAUAAUACCGGGGCUAGGAAGCUGUCGUUUGGGCCUUUUUCCAGUGCGUUAUCUUUUACCUCACUCACCAGCUCUUUAAGUAACAUUUUUCCUCUGGAAAAUCUUAGAGAUUACCAAAAUAUUGACCGAGAGACUAUUAUCAGGCUCAUGGGAGCCAUAUCUUUUGGCUAUGGUCUGUUCCAGUUGGGUGUUUCACUCUUACCACCGUCGCUGAUGCGAUUGGUGAGCAUCCUGGGAUUUGCUGCGAAUAGACAAAAUGGAAUUGCUUGCUUAAUGUAUGCCAGGAUGGGUAUGGAUAUGCGUGCACCGUUAGCCAGUUUGGCAUUACUUUGGUACCACACAAUAGUACGUCCAUUUUACGCAAUAGAUGGUACCAACGUGCAAGCCGGUGUGGCGUCUUCUUUAGUACUCAUCCAAGAAUCAGAAAAGGAAUUUUCCAACUCUGCCUUAUUUCUAUUUUUUGCCGGAAGAACAAAUAGAUUGAACUCGAAUAUAAAUCAGGCUUUGUCGUGUUUUCAACGAGCCAAUGAGCAUGCUAAUCACAGAGAGAUCAAAAUUCUAUGUCUUCACGAAAUAGGAUGGUGCUAUCUUAUCCAACUGGAUUAUGACAACGCCAAAAAUACCUUUUUGUAUUUAAAGUGCGCUAGUAGAUGGUCCAGGGCCUUUUAUCUGUAUUUAGCAGCAAUAUGUGCAGGUGCUACUCGAGAUAUACAAAGCUAUAGCUUAUUCGACGACUUCCAGCUGUGUUCUGGUGGUACUAGAGGAGGCCAACUAGAUGAAUUUUUAAACAGACGUUUCCAGUGUUGUCCCAAAGAUGCAGAAUCGGCCAAAAAACUCGAUCCACUGUAUUUCAGGCUUCUGGUUUUCGAGAUGCUUUACCUUUGGAACACUUUGGCCAGCUGUACCACUUCAAAUAUACAGAACAUUAUUUCAGAUUGCGAACAUGUGGAUACUUCUAAAGGCGAACCACGGAUUGGUCUUUCAAAUUUAAUUUUGGGCAGUUGUUACACUAUUGAAAAACGUAACCAAGAUGCCGUAAAAUCCUUUAGGAAAUGCUUGGAAAGGAGAUCUGCCGAACUUAAUGAUGCUGUCGAUGCUCACAUUUCCGCUUUUUCUCAGUUUGAACUAGGUUUCAUUUUGAUACAAAACGAUCAGACACGUGAAGAAGGAAGAGCGCUUUUGCAGGAAAUAGAAAAAUACAGUCGUUACGAUUUUGAGUCUAGGUUAAAUGUCAGAAUACAUUCCACUUUGAAAAAUUUCUAGUUUUAAUAUGGCAUAAAAAAUGGUAUUAUUUUGUUAUUAGAUUGUCGAGAAACAGCUGUAAUAAAUAUUUAUUAAUAUGGAGAUCGCAAUGAACACUAUAUAAAAAUCUAAAAAUAUUUUUACAAAAAAAAUAGUUUUAAUAUUUUUUGACUGUCCAUAAUAU